GAUAUUGGAUUUUCGUUUUUUCGAUCAUGAAAAAUUCAAUAAUCAACAUCUAAUCAGUUCAUGUUCAUGUUCAAGAUCAUUCGUAUCUCGUGACGUGUUCAUUGCCUGCGUCUUUUUGAAACUCGUCACCCAUCCCCUUUUACGCCACAUCAUGUACGACCCGCCGCCGGAACGUCCGUCCGAAUCGGACUGCUGCGGUAACGGAUGCGCGGAAUGCGUGUUCGACGUGUACGACCGGGAGUGCGCGGGUUGGCGACAUCGGCUCCGGACCGGCGGCGAAGGCGAUCGGCUGCGGCGGGAUUUGCUGUCGGCAACUAAGCACAAGCCGUACAGGAUCGUUUCCACGGUGGCUCUGGCCAACGACGUACGCGCGUACACGUUCGCGGCCACACCGACGGCCGUUGGCCGGCUGCCGAUCGCGUACACACAGCACGUGCACAUCCGGCUAGCGGACGGCCUCAGCAGACCGUACACACCGGUGGCUCUGGGCGACGACGAUUGCUCGUUUGACGUCCUUGUCAAGGCCUACCCAGGCGGACGGUUCACUGGGCGGUUGUCGGAAAUGACCGUGGACGACGUCGUCACGGUGCGCGGGCCUUUCGGUGGCGUACGGUAUGACGGAUACGAUUCGAUAGUUAUGUUUGGCGGCGGUACCGGUGUGGCCGCCUUCGCGGGUCUGAUUGGGUCGGUGUUAGACGAUGAUAAGUGCGAAACAUUGCUGAGACUGCACUACUCGUGUAAGACUCUCGACGGGGUGCUGAUGCGUAAGGAGCUGGCCGGUCAUGCAGCUUACUGGAAUUGUGCGGUACAUUUGUAUUUGACAAGGGAACAAGAUUGGUCACAAUGUUCAAAAUCCUUUUGGUACAAUGAAAAUAUAACAGAAGGAAGAAUAUCGAAAGAUUGUAUAGCUAAAAUAAUCGAUAAGCAACACAAUUUGAGAACGUUAUGGCUCAUUUGUGGAAAUGAUGAAUUUAAUCAAUAUGUCUUGAACUCAUUAGUAAAUUACAAUAUUAAACAAGACAACAUUCAAUUAUUAAAUAAUACUACAAAAGAUUUUGAAGUAUCUUGAUAUUGUAUAAUUAGGUAUCCUACUAGAAAAAUAAGAAUUUGAAAAUUGGCAAUAAAAUUGCUCAUUUGCUCGAACAAAUUGUUAAAAUGUAGCUAUUGUCAUUUAAUAUUUUAAAACUUU